AUCACAUAACCAAAAACAGUCAUUUGUUCAUUCUUUACUUUUAUCUGAGUUUUGAAACAGCUUUCUAUGGCCUCUUCAAGAGUCGCAGUCGUAGUUCUGUUAAUCUCAACUAUUGGCUACUUUGUGAUUGCCUCUGCGGGCAAUUUCUACCAAGACUUUGAUUUAACGUGGGGAGAUGGUCGUGCCAAGAUACUCAACAAUGGAGAGCUUCUCACUCUUUCUCUUGACACAGCCUCUGGAUCGGGGUUUCAGUCCAAGAGCGAAUACCUUUUUGGCAAAAUUGAUAUGCAGCUAAAACUGGUCCCUGGCAACUCAGCUGGCACCGUCACUGCCUAUUAUCUAUCUUCAAAGGGAGCAGGAUGGGAUGAAAUUGACUUUGAAUUCUUGGGCAAUUUGAGUGGUGAUCCUUACAUCCUUCACACCAAUGUGUUUAGCCAAGGCAAAGGUAAUAGGGAGCAACAAUUCUACCUUUGGUUUGACCCAACUGCAGAUUUUCACACCUAUUCCAUCCUCUGGAACCCCCAACGCAUUGUCUUCUCAGUGGAUGGUACUCCAAUUAGGGAGUUCAAGAACUUGGAGUCAAUUGGUGUUCCGUUCCCCAAAAAUCAGGCCAUGAGGAUCUAUUCUAGUCUCUGGAAUGCAGAUGAUUGGGCCACAAGGGGAGGGCUUGUUAAGACAGAUUGGAGCCAAGCUCCUUUCACCGCUUCCUACAGAAACUUCAAUGCGAAUGCUUGCACUUGGUCAUCUGGAACAUCAUCUUGUGGCUCAAACCCUGCCUCUUCUAGCAAUUCUUGGCUCUCAGAAGAGCUUGAUUCUACUAAUCAGGAGAGGCUCAAGUGGGUGCAGAAGAAUUACAUGAUCUACAAUUACUGCACUGACUCUAAAAGAUUUCCACAGGGCCUUCCUCCAGAAUGCAACACGGCCUAAGGGACAUCAAUUUUUCGAAGGGUCCACUUUUCCACUGUCUUCUCAAUUUCUUUUCUCUUUUUAUUGUAAUUUUCAUAAUGAUAAAUUCUUUGAUUUGUUGUAUAAGUCAUGUACUAUUUAUAAAGGAUUCGUUCUAUUAAAAUGGUUGCUUCUU